CAUAAUUACAUAACAACUGUCAAAACGAGUGUUGAAGUUUUUUCAAUCAAAAGUAGUCUCAUGCAUCUUGCGUUUUGAUUAUUUCAUACUGUGUUUCUUCAGUACCGGUGUCACGGAUUCCGAGGUUUUAAAGCAGCAUAUAAAAAAAGUACUCAUUACGUCACUUACAAAAAUACACUAGAAAUAGCAUGGGAAACGUUUUGGCUGCAUCAAAACCGAUAACUGCCGGCGGUCUCCCACCACCUUUACCAGUGGAGCCCAUUCUUGCUGGCAAUGGGCCAGACGCAGAAAAACCUCUUGAAAAUCCAGGAUCACUAGAAGAGCUCCAUAAAAAGUGUAAAGAUGUGUUGCCUGCGAACUUCGAAGGCGCCAAACUAAUGGUCAACAAAGGACUCAGCAAUCACUUCCAAGUAUCGCAUACGAUUAACCUCACUUCGGCCAAUACGAGUGGGUACCGAUUCGGUGCAACCUAUGUUGGUACAAAACAGCUCUCUCCUACGGAAUCGUUUCCAGUCAUUCUUGGAGAUAUCGAUCCGGCUGGAAAUCUAAAUGCCAACAUCAUCCAUCAAUUGACUCCGAAUGUUCGCUGCAAAUUCGCUUCACAAAUCCAAAGUAACAAAGUCACUGCCGCCCAAUUAUCCACGGAUUAUAAAGGACAAGAUUUCACCGCUACGGUUACUGUCGGUAAUCCAAAUAUUAUUAACAAUUCCGGUGUUUUAGUUGCCCACUAUCUACAGGCUGUUACCAACAAACUCUCGUUAGGAGGUGAACUAGCAUACCAAUACGGAGCAGCCGUUCCUGGUGGCCAGAUUGCAGUUGUAUCAGCAGCAGCUCGAUACGCAACCGAUUCCUCAACCUGGUCCGGUACAGUGGGUUUUGCAGGGAUUCAUCUAUGUUAUUAUCAAAAAGCGAGCGAACAACUGCAACUAGGCGUAGAAGUAGAAACUAGUUUUCGAAUGCAAGAGUCAGUAGCAUCACUCGGCUACCAGAUCGAUUUACCCAAAUCCGAACUCGUAUUCCGUGGUAUGGUUGACACCAAUUGGUCGGUUGCAGCCGUACUGGAAAAAAAACUUCAACCUUUACCAUUUACUUUUGCCCUCAGUGGUAUACUCAACCAUACCAAAAAUCAAUUCCGGCUGGGUUGUGGGUUAAUUAUCGGCUAAAGCUUAGCUGAAAUUAAAUGGUUUUAACGCAUUUAGCAGAGCUAAGAUUAACGGUGCAAAUAUAACGGUGCAUUUCGACAGUAAUAUGGCUUGUAGAAAUGUUCAGUUUUGAUGUAAACUAUAGAAGUUUAAAAAAUAUCGAAAAAGGCAAGAUUGUUAGUCUGUUAUACAUAAAAAAUCCCGAAAAUAAUUCCCAAAACAGUAGUUGCAAGAGUAUGACAAAUGUCUGAAAUACGAAUAAAGAUAAGUGAUUUGCUCAUCAUUCCUUUGUUGCUGAUCAAAUGUUUCGAAACGUUGGAUUUACGCUAGUAGUCUCAUAACGCACUAAGGUCUUUCCAAAUGUACAUAUUUCCCCUAAAUAGAACAAAAACAUCAGUUUGCCUACGCUUUGCAACGACCUAUAAUACAGCAUCACGACUUUCUCUUUAGGGGAGUAUCUAUAACUGCAAACCUGUCACGUCCGACCCCUACUCGGCGUUACAUAGACUACAAAUUUAGUUUUUCAGCAGUUUCCCUCGUGACGCAGACAAAUUAGAAGGGAAAAUAAUUAUGUAGAUAAAAUCUAACUGAUAGUUCCAAAGCCACUAAAAAUUAAGUUAAAAAGGUGCACAUCAAUUCAUUUUAUUUUCUUAGCAUUCAAUAAGAGUGAUGUAGUGAUUAUCCUCGCCGAAAAUUUGACCGUCUUUUGAUGGCAGUCAAAGUUUGAGUGUUUUGAUCCAAGAAAAAUCUAAUCCAAAACUCCAGUGAAUUUUCCGAAAACUUUUUUCCAAAUGUCGAAAUGUAUAAAUCGUCGAGAUCUGAUUUUAUCUAAAAAGAAAAUCACUGGCAUCAGCAUUUUUUGGUUUGUUUGAAUAUUUUGCGAUGCCAUAUGAAGCAAAAAGGCUUUGAAUGCUUAAUUUUACCUUUAUGGCGAUGUCGAAUCCAAAAUACACCUCCAUAAAUUCCGGUCUUGGGCUGCUCCUAUCCAGUCGCCCCUUACAUCCGCCCAGCCAGCGUAUUCGGCAAAGCUGCCAGGCAUCCGAAAAAGUCUACAACUCUACGCAAUGUAGUGUAGAGGGAUGACAAGGUGCUCAUGUUUAUGGUAAAUGUCACUUCAAAACGAUGAUUGUUCUAUGGUUUUACCAUAACGUAGACAUUUACUACAACGGUGAGCACCUUGUAUUUUUUCUAAAUGUAGUGUACUGAUAAAACAAUAUUGAGCCCUCCAGGAAGGAAACCGCACUUAGGUGAGUCCCGUAAUAGGGCUUCAUUCACUUCACCCUGAUUUCACCGUGAAGUGGCUCCCGUAAUAAGCACCCUCAUCUCAUUUGAAAUAUAUGGCUCUACUACUACCUACUACUAAACACAAUUACCAAGCAUGUGACUUCCGUUUUGUAGAUGACAACAGAGUUUACCCUUGGUGGUCUGGUCCACGUGUGAGGACCUUUCACUAAAACUAUCAGUUUUGAUUACCAUGAAUCCUCCUCACAAAAGAGACUGCCAAGAUCAAAGUAGAAAGAACUACAGCAUAGGUAUCUGCAUAGGCGAAGCUAAAGAGGGAUUUUAAUGGGGGGAAAGGGACAAAUGUGUACAAAAACGGGACUCAUGGAAGAUUGUUAUUUAAAAAUUAGCCGAUUAUUAGUAACCAAAGCAUACAAACAAUUAAUCAUUGCUCUGAUAAACCCGCUUCAUUCUGUACAAUAUUUAGCAUUUGGGAACCCAAGCUAUGGGAACCCGAGAUUGGAGUCAAAUAACACAGGUGAACUCUAAUUUGUCUACAGCGCCAAAUAGUCUGCUGGACAUUUUCGGAUUAAAUAAAACUAAGUCAUGAGUUUGCUUUUCUUUAAUUUGUUUUUUUUUUUUUUUGAUCGACUUGCACAUCGAAUAUUUUUAAAAUUCGUACAUUUUUUGGGUACAUCUUCCAAUUGUAAAUGAACUACAAUUACAAUUUAGGACUGAGCGGUUUGAAAACGUAUUUCAAAAUAAAAACAAUGUGUUUGAUUAUUCUUCGCGUUUAAAAUACUAAAUUUCUUGGUGCAGCUUUCUCAACUACGCUUUUUACAGCCUAUUGCCGAUAAUGUGUGCUAUUUAUCAUUAACUGAAAAAGUAAUGGUUCACGAAAAAUUCAUUAAUUAGUCGGAAAAUUUGUGUAGUUAGCAAUCAUUAAAAAUUGAAAGAUGCGUUUAACGAUAACGAAAAGACAUUGUAAACAGUCAUUCGCUGAGAGCUUCGUUUUAUAGAAGUUUCCACAGGAACCAUGUCUUCUCCAAUACUUCAGUUUCUGUUGUUCUUUUUUCAUUUCCUCUUUUUUAUUUAAUUCAAAGUAUCACCCUAGUAAUAAUAUAAGUAAUUAAUAAUUCUAAUAUAGUAUAAAUUUCACGAUGCUUUUUAUAGCACUUUUUGAAGUAUUUUGCUGCACUUUGAACUGAUUGGUAGUGUCUGCAUAGUGAGGAAUUUUUAUCACUGAUUAUUAUCUGAUGUCACCAUCGAUAACGGGAUGUAACACACAGUGUGCCACAGACAUAAAAUAACAAUUAAUAGCAAUGUAGUGGUCGAUUUAGUCUGUGCUAUAUCGUAAAAAGUUAGGUUUUAUCGAAUAAAAAAGGAAUAAUUUUGGAAAAGUAUCCUGGCAAAUGUUCAUUUCAUGAAUGAGUGCGAAACAUCGCCAAAUAAGUACAAAAACGAUUUUAAUUUUUCAGCAGUCGGUUAAAUAAAGCAUUUCAUUAGAAAGACGAAAUUCGAAAUCAUAAAAAUAGAAAAAUCAUGACCUUUGAAAAAACUGCUGUCAAAGGAAACGAUAAUUUAUAUAGAUGCGAUGACAGGACGUGUCACGCUAAAUUCUAGUGGUUACAUCAAAGGCCGAUUGUUACCAGCCAAUUUUAACACACAUUCAUUGCUCCUUCAAGGAUUAUUCAUGCGCAAAAUUCACUGUAAUUUGUAUUGUUUUCAAUAUAUUAGGUUGGUAAACGAUUUAUGUAACGAUUUUAUACCUAUGUGGCUGGUUUUCUGCAUUGAAGAUUUUUUUUUAGUUCGUGCGCUUGUUACUAUCGCCAGUUGUUUAUCUGUAGCUAUACACAAUGCGGGCUAACGGUGUGAAUGAAACAGCGAUUGUUAGCUAAAAUCAAAACGAGUACAUUUUACACAUCACUCAUCAAAAAUAAAUUCCUUUUUUUCUAGCUUCCCAUAACAAAAACCGACAGUAUUUAAAGAAACUGCAAUUUUAUACGAAAAAAUCCUUUCACAAACCAUUGUUUGUACACAACGCACGCAUAACACGCAUUGGUAUUGUUUAAGUAACCUCGUUGUAAUGGUUGAAACAAUAUGAACUUGACUUGUUUUUUUCGUUUAAAUGUACAGUAUUUUAUGUUUCUGUUAAUUUUAUUCCGUUGGACAUAAAAAAAAGAAUCGGCUUAUUCUUUACUUGAUAACCAUGGAUUUUUAGUGUGUUUUUCAGGUGAAUUGUAGUUAUAAAAGGAUUUACCUUGAAUAAUAAAAAGCUGCUCAUAUACUCAUAUAAAAAAAAACCUCAUAGUUUUCCCUCAUCACAACUGCUUAGAAAAUUGUAACCGAUACAGUAAAACUUGUUAGUUAAAAC